GUUUGAUGUGCUACUGGCACGCUGUAAACUCCAGAUCAGGAGGUUGGUUUGUUUAUAGGGUCCGCAGAAACCGCUUUGUGGUGUUUCCCAAUUUACCGUAUUCAUUCGAUUUAUAUUUUAAAACUCCGCCUACUAAUCUUCCCGAGGCGUGUAAAACGUUCGCUCUACGUGAGACAUCAACACAGAAUGACGCACAUCCAGAAUAUCGGCACCGUGCUGCUAAGCUAAGCUAACCGCUGGCAUUGAUGUAACAUUAGGUCGGUUUUUGGCCUCUUAUCUGUGCGUAAAAUAGUCCUGGAUCGCGUAGAAGACCGCGCUACACUUUUGUCGUAUUUGUCUGGGAUGUAUGGAUGGAUAGUUGACGGACUAUCGUCGCUGUUUGAGCCCGUUACGAGGCAAAACCCCACCGACUGGCCCGGGAAAGGUGACGGCGUGGAGGCGGGAGCACGGCGUCAGGAGACCCUCAGCAGACCGGCUAAACGCAACUACCAGAGCGUUGAUGUUGCAGACGGUGACCAGCUAGAGGUGAAAAGAAGGAGGCGAGAUGUAGUCGUUGGCUUCGUGAAGAAGACGGUGGCCGGGGUAGCGAGGCUGCUCAGGCUGCAGAAUCCGCUGACGACCAGUCGUGAGAAUUCGAGACAUUAUGAAGACGCGCAGCCUGUUACUCUGAUGGGGAUAGACGAGCUCCACACCUCGUGGUUGAACAGCACUGAGUGGAGAAUGAGCAAACCAGUUAUUAGAGUGAAUGAGAAGAGUAGGAAGAAUCCCUUUCAGAGCUCUUCACCCCCUUCAAUAAGGAAAUGCAGUGGUACUGGGCUCCCCGACAGGGAGAGGAGAGGCUCCCUGCAACUGCUUCCCUCCAGACCUGCUUUGGGGGUGGGAACCACUAACCCUGAUCUAACCUUUAAUGGCUUCGGACACCACCGCUGCUACAAGCCCAGUCUUACUGUAGAAGAGGCCAUAAAGCAGAACGAUAAGGAGCACUACAGGCGCUUGCUGGAGAUGGUAGCCGAGAAGUACAGCAAAAGCCAACCACUACCUUUCAACCAAACAAAACCGCAAGAUGAGUCGCUUUCACAGGUCGACCACAAAACUGCUGCUUCAGGAAAAGCCUUGGACCCCGGGUCCAGGAAAGCGCUAUACACAGCUUCCCCGAGUAUGUUUACAUGGAGAAAUGCAUCUACUACCAAGGAAAGGUGGGGAAGCUUCCCAUUUAGUAAGACGUUCAGUGGAGCCCUUGAGGAAACGCAGCUGGUUGGAUGUGCGAAGCAGAAACAGUCUGCAGAUGUGGACCUUUCUACAGAAGUAGCUACUCGCCUCAAUCUAGUGGACAGAGAGCCUCCCGCAGUCGUCUUCUCAGACACACAUUCUGCACAUGCAUGGCACAGUGACGAGGACAUACCAAGGCUCACCAAGGAUAUGGCAGCAGAGGUGAGUUGUGCACUGGCUCAGAGUGAUCCCAACCUUGUUCUCAGCGCAGCUUUCAAACUACGCAUCACACAGAGAGACCUGGCCACGCUGCAGGAAGGCGGCUGGCUCAACGAUGAGGUGAUUAACUUCUACCUGUCCCUGGUGAUGGAGCGGUGCUCUGGUGAAGCAGCAGGAUUAAAAAUCUACUCGUUCAGCACCUUCUUCUUCCCGAAGCUGCGAGGAGGUGGGCAGGCCGGGGGACACACGGCGGUGAAGCGCUGGACCAAGGCUGUCGACAUUUUCCUCUACGACCUCGUCCUCGUCCCUCUGCACCUGGGCGUCCACUGGGCGAUGGCUGUAAUUGAUUUUAAGUCAAAGACGGUGAAGUCUUAUGACUCGAUGGGACAGAGGCACGAUGACGUCUGUAGUCUUUUAUUACUCUACCUUAAAGAGGAGCACAAAGUAAAGCGAGGGAGAGAGCUUGAUAGCCCAAAAUGGACUGUUGGAAGCUUGAGGGCCACUGAGAUUCCCCAGCAGAGAAAUGGCAGUGACUGUGGUGUUUUUGUCUGUAAAUAUGCUGACUAUAUUGCAAAAGGAAGGCCUCUCUCCUUUAAACAGUGCCACAUGCCUGUCUUCAGGAAGGUGAUGAUUUGGGAAAUCCUCAAUCAGAAACUAUGUUAGAGGAUUGCAACAAUCUUAAUUAACUGCCUGACGAUAGUGACUUUCUAAAUUGGAGCAACAUUUAUAUACAGUAGCUACAUGUUGAAGAAUAUUUAAGGAAUGGGCCAAAGAAGUGGACUCGAUGGCGGAAAAUGGAACCCAGGAUAGCUGUUCGUGUCCGGAGAAAAUAUAACACUAGUCUUAAAGGUGAUUCUGUUCCUUUAUCCUGUUGGGACGUAUUGACACUUUGUCAUCUCUGAGUUGUAAUUGGAGACUGUAUUGGGAUGGAAGAAGUGUAUAAAUUGCACGAAACUUUGGCACUACUGACUGAAUAGUUUUUUUUUCUUCUUGGCUUUAGAUUGUUUUUCUGUUUGUAUUUCUGCCCAAAGUGCCUUCAGCCCUUUAAUGAGCUCACGUUAGAGCAUGCUUUUGCAUAUGAUUGAAAGUUACUUGGAUACAUGCAACUCAAAAGACGGUCAUUAUUUGUUUAUUGGAUGGUUGCUUUGAUAUUUUCCAAAUACAAUCCGCAGAGUGGACAGCAACUAACUACAAUGCUGCUUAAACACGAAACUCAAUCUUUCUGUAAUAGACGAUGAAAAUCUGAAUACCUCCUUUCCAAUCCCCUCUUGAGACAACUUAUGCAUGGUUGAAUGCUUGUAGUGUUUUGAUAUUAUUUAUGACUUAACUGGAAAAAGUGUUCUGGAAUGAGGUUAUAGUUUGUUUUCCCCCCAAUGAGUGGACUAUUAAAAGUUAUUUCCUCAUAUGUAAUUGAGGGCGCUCUUACUUUUGUGAAUCUUUUCCAUGAGCAUAUUGCAAGAGGCUACUUAGGGCUUUUUCAUUGACCUACAGUAUAUUGCAUAGCAAACUAUUGUACACACAUGCAUGUUUGGUUUCAUGCUUUAAACGGUUUAAUAAAGUAUUUCAUUUUGA